AUGGGUCUCCCCACCACAGAACCUGACGCCGAAUCCUCUCUCCUCCUCUCUUCCACCACUACCAGGACCACCAUCCCCCAACAAAAAAUCCCGAAAGACACGUUCCACUUAGCCUAUAUUAUCUACUUCACUCUUGGCCUCGGCUUUCUCCUUCCAUGGAACGCAUUCAUCACAGCCGUUGAUUACUUCUCUUACAUCUACCCUGAUGUCUCCGUUGACCGCAUCUUUUCCGUUGCUUACAUGGUCGUGGGUUUGGCGGGCCUUGUUGUCAUCAUCCUUUUUUAUGCACACAAAUCGGAUGCUUAUUUGAGAAUUAAUCUGGGUUUGGGUCUGUUCGUUGUGUCUCUUUUGGUUGUUCCUGUUAUGGAUGCUGUUUAUAUUAAGGGUCGGGUCGGGUUGUAUGAUGGGUUUUAUGUUACUGUUGGGACUUUGGCACUUUCGGGUUUGGCGGAUGCUUUGGUUCAGGGUGGACUUAUUGGUGCUGCUGGUGAAUUGCCUGAGAGGUAUAUGCAAGCUGUUGUUGCUGGCACUGCUGCUUCUGGGGUCCUUGUUUCAAUUUUAAGAAUUUUAACCAAAGCAGUAUACCCACAAGAUUCCCAUGGUUUGCGAAAAAGUGCGAUCCUCUACUUUGCUGUUGGAAUUGUAGUCAUGGCCAUAUGCCUUGUCUUUCACAAUGUGGCACAUAGACUGCCAGUUAUGAAGUACUAUACUGACUUGAAAGUUCGGGCUGUGAUUGAGGACAAAGAGGAGAAAGGUUCCUUGUCUGGGGCUCGUUGGAGGUCAGCCUUGUUGGAGAUUGUUUGUAGUGUCCAAUGGUAUGGGGUUGGAAUUGUCAUCAUCUAUAUUGUGACUUUAUCGAUAUUCCCAGGUUAUAUAACAGAGGAUGUGCACUCUGAGGUUCUCAAGGACUGGUACUCAGUCAUCCUCAUUGCUGGCUACAAUGUGUUUGACUUGGUUGGCAAGUCUUUGACUGCCGUCUACCUCCUAAAGAAUGCAAAGGUUGCCAUUGGUGGUUGUUUUGUUAGAUUGCUGUUUUAUCCUCUCUUCUAUGGUUGCUUGCACGGUCCUAAAUUCUUUCGAACAGAGAUCCCAGUGACAAUACUCACAUGUCUAUUGGGGCUUACAAAUGGCUAUUUGACGAGUGUUCUGAUGAUUCUUGCUCCCAAAGUUGUCCCCUUGCAGCAUGCAGAGACUGCCGGGAUUGUGAUUGUGUUGUACCUUGUGGUUGGUCUGGCUGCUGGAUCAAUU